AUGCAGUGGACGCACGUCGGGCACGUCGACCUCGACGCCUCGGAGACGCAGGCGAAGCUGGACGCCUACCUGCCGCCCAACGACGUCCGGACCUACAACUUUGCCAUCUGCCUGCGGGAGACGGGCGAGCUCAUCGGCACCGGCGGGUGCCUCGGCCUCCAUUGCGAGUUUGGCUGGCCCGAGGUCGGGUACAUGUUCCGCAGGGAGUACUGGGGCAUCGGCCUCGCCACUGAGUUCCUGAGGGCAUUCUCGGCUGUCUGGUCGGGCCUGCCGCGGGUCGAGACCGAGUUCAGGGUGGAUCCGAGGACUGUGACGGGUGAUGAUGGCGUCUGCGAGGAGCAGUUGAUUGCUAUCACCGACCGAUCGAACCUGAAGAGCCGGGCGGUCUUGGAAAAGUGUGGUUUCGAGUUUCUCCUGACUUUUGAGGGCGGGAAAUUGGGUGAGGAAUUCGAAGGCGUAGUCAUAGAGCUGCCCACAUUCCGCUUUUUUCCUAGACAAACUUACGGCACCAUGCCUCCAUUUACGUCGGCAUCCGCGGUGGCGGCUAUGACGGGCAUCCUCGGCUCUGCCUGGACAGCAGGUGGCAUUGCAAGCCUGUCCUCCUUUGCAGUGCCCGGCAUCUUGUCAGCUCCCGCCCCGCCACAGAUCCUAGCCAAGCAAUGGGAGACACUAUUCAAUCGGGGAAAGUCCACGAUGCCUAUCGUGGCAAUCGCUUCUCUUCUGGGAUACGCGUACCUGGCAUACCGCCAGAAGAGCAGCGGCCUGGGAUGGAAGCGCUACGCGAUGGCGGGAGCACUGACAAUUGCCAUCGUGCCUUACACGCUCAUCUUUAUGGGCCCAACGAACAGCUCUCUGUUGCAGGCAGCGAGCGGGGCUACGACCCUGAGUGACGAUGCCACCCACUCACUCAUGUUGACAUGGAAGAGCCUCAAUAUGGGUAGAUCAAUGUUGCCAUUGGCGGGGGCUCUGCUUGGUCUCUGUACCUUGGUGGCACCGUAG